AUGUUACCAUUUGAUUUUUGUUGUUCAUCAGUAAAAAAGGAAUUAGGAAAACGUAUGUGUAAAAUAUGUAAUCAAUAUAUUCCAUCAGCAUAUCGCAUGAAAAAUCAUUAUAAAAUUCACGCACAAGAUCAUGGAAAUGUUGAUCAUAAUCAAUAUGAUACAUUAUCACUACCAGCAAAAUUAACUGAUAUAAAAACAAAUUCAAAUGAAAAUCAAGCAACAACAACAACAGCACCAGCACCUAUACUUAAAACAGAAAUGUUAGAUUGGCUUCGAUCAGAUUUUGAUCGUUGUGAUACGAGUGUAGCAUCAACUCAACUUACAACUGAUCGUGUUACACGUUCAAUGAAAAAAUUACAUGUUCAAGAAAACAAAAAUGAACACGACAAUAAGGAUAGUGUGCAUGUAGAAUAA